CGUAAACAACUCCAUUUCAAGGGUCCAAAGUGGAUUAAGCCCAUAUGUUCUAAUGUUUUUUUGAAUAAUUUUAGAAUUCAAUACCUAAAAAUGAGGGAAGUGAGACUUGAAAGUAAAACCCCCUUUUGUUUAUUUCGAAUUCAAUCCCUAAAAAUGUCGGACAUUCCCUCGGAGCUCUACCACAACAUACUCCGGCGAGUGCCCGCCGACGCUCUCCUCCGCUUCAGGGCCGUCUGCAAGGAGUGGCGCCGCCUGAUCGACGAUCCAUCCUUCAUCAGAUUCCACGCCGACAACCAAAUCUCCACCACCACUCUCCUCAUCAGAAACUCAAACGGCACGCGCGUCUAUUCUCUAUCUCUGGACUCCCUCAACAACAUCAACGAUGCCCACCAAGUGAUCGACGUAAUGUCUGAGAGGGCAUUGUACUUCAUAGGUCUCUAUGAAAUACCUUGUUUGCCGAUGGCCUCGUGCAACGGUCUGAUGCUCCAUACCUACUACGAAAUCAAAGAGGAUUGGGUGCUGUUGAACCCGUUUACCCGAGAAUAUCACGUGUUGCCGCCCGAACCCAAUUUCCAACAUACACGUUUAUUAGGCAACGGGCUCGGUUACGAUUCUGCUUCCGACGACUACAAAGUUGUGAGGAUAGACGAGCUGCUUCUCCAUGGUGAAAUCGAGUACCAAACUAGUGUUUAUAGUCUGAAAACGGAAUCUUGGAAAAUAAUCGAGGAAUGCCCCCCUUGUGAAUUUCGCAUGCCGGGUCCUAGUAAGGGGGUUUAUCUGAAUGGGGCAUUGCACUGGAGAUUAAGGAACUUCGUAAUUACUCUGAAUCUUGAGACCGAAUGUUACCACAAAGUGCCUAUGCCGCCCAAAUUAGGGAAGCCUUUCAAAACGCGUCUCGAUUCGUUGGGCGGAUGCUUGGUUCUGAGUUACUACUACAAGAAGAAGCGUAUCGAUGGAUGGCUGAUGAAAGAAUGUGGAGUGGAGAAGUAUUGGGUGAAGUUGUUUUCGUUAGGGGAACUAGCUAGUGUUGGUGCUAAAGGGAGACUCAGGCCUAUUGCGUAUAUCCAGAGCAAAGGGCAGGUUUUUCUGAAGCAUGAUUGCGGGUUUUUUAUCUUGGAUAUUGGGAAUAAUUCGGCGAAGAAGGUUACGAUUGAUGGGCUCCCUAAACGUUUCUCUUGUCAGAUUUUCUCGGGAAGCUUUAUUCCACUCGGUGAUAGUUAUGCCUGUGAAGUGAGAAGUAGUGUCGGAACGAAGAGGAAGAGGAAGAAGACUAAACUCGUUCAUGAAAUACUCCGACUGCCCGCCGAUUCUCUCCUGCGGUUCCGGGCCGUCUGCAAGGGGUGGCGCCGCCGCAUCGACGAUCCAUCAUUCAUCAGAGCCCACACCAACAACCAAAACCCCUCCACCACUCUCAUCAUCACAAACCCAAUGGGUACCUGCCUCUAUUCCUUAGAACUGGACUCCCUCAACUACAAAGAUGCCCACCAAGUGAUCGACGUAAUGCCUGUGAAAACAUUGCACCGCAUCCCUCUAUUUACCUGCUUCGCCGCUAUCGGGCUUGGCUAUGAUUCUGCUUCUGAUGACUACAAAGUUGUGAGGGUAGAUGAUCUGCCUAUGCGCCAAACUUAUGUUUAUAGUCUAAAAAUGGAAUCUUGGAGAAUGAUCAAGGAAUCGCCCCCUCGCGAUUUUCCCAUGCCGAAUCAAAGUAUGGGGGUUUAUCUGAAUGGGGCAUUGCAUUGGAGAUCACGGGAUUUCGUAAUUGCUCUGAAUCUUGAAAUCGAACAUUACUACCAAAUGCAUCUGCCCUUACCCACCGGACAAGUCGAACCUUCCGGAACGCAUCUAGAUGCGUUGGGUGGGUGCUUGGUUGUGAGUUACUACUACACGAUGGACCGAAUGGAUGUAUGGGUGAUGAAAGAUUAUGGAGUGGCGAAAUUGUGGGUCAAGUUGUUUUCGUUUGGGGGACUAGGUAGUAUUAUUGGUGUGGGGAGCGUUAGGCCUAUUGCUUAUUUCAAGAACAAAGGUCUCGUUUUUCUUCAGCAUGGUGAUGAGUUUUUUCGGUUGGAUAUUGAGAAAAAAUCUGCGAAAAAGGUUACCGUUGGUGGGCUCCCGGACAAUUUCUCUUCUCAAAUUUUCUCGGGAAGCCUUUUUCGACUCGAUGGGAAUCGUGCUUUUGUAGUUAAGAUGAACAAGAAGAGGCCGAAGAAAGAUAAUACCAGGUGAAACUACUCAACCUAGCCUCUUUGUUUCCCCUCUUUGGAUGAUUUGUAGAGUGAUUGGAUUUUAAG